UAUUGACUAAAAUUUUAAACAGAAUUUUAAAUUUCUUUAUCUUACUAAACAUGAUUGAUUAAAUCACUGAGACCUACCCUGGGCUAUUCAUGGACAUAGGAAUAUUUACCCUUUUGCUAAAUAGUCCCAUAAUGCUGAGCUUUCUGAGUGUUUUUAUAUUUUGCCUUUUGUGUCAGGUUGCUGGCAAGGACCGUUUUUUUCUUAGUGUGUCUGUUUGUAGGGAACCAUCUCUUCUUUAUGAAUGAUUCAUAACAUAUUAGAUCAGGAAGUAGCCUACGUUUGUUAAAAUUAUUCACAAAUUGAGUCAUAGGUUGCAAGGCAGAAACAAGAGAUUUCCUUUCGUCAGUUAAUAGUAUAUCUAAGCUUUAGUGCCUGGAUGCUGUUCCAUCUGUUUGGCUUUACAGAAUGGUAACUUUGUUUUUCUCUAUGCUGACCUUCUCAGGAGAGGCAGUAUUAUAAAAUAGCACAUCAGGAGAAUUGAAACAACUCUUCAAUAUUGGCUGUUGAUUGUAAGAACUGCUUAUUUUCAUGGGCAGGUUUUAUACUAUUAACAGAGGAAACAUGUGGUAAAUGGGUGAUUAUCUUAUUUUUAUUGGAUGGGCUUUAUUCUAUUUAAUACUGGGGUAGGUUCAAUUAAUAGGACUUGAGUAAAAGUUUCGCAAAAACCUUAUUCCCACUGUCCCCUUGAAGUGGCAGGAGGGGUCAGCUUGGACGGCAAGCACACCCGCUCGUCAAAUCACUGUAUCUCGUCCCCACCUUCCUGGAACAGUGGCUAAGAUGCAAGGCCAGGGGGGUAAUGAUAUUUGGUCACGGCCUGAAAAGUUCUCACGUACAGCCUUGCACUGUUGCAUCUCGUGUGUGGAGGCUUGCGUGCUGCCAAGGAGUCUGCUGUGCAGGCUUCGGUGAAGGAGGAAAUGUCCCCUCACUCCAUUCGAAGCCCCGGCAUCUUUUUUAAAGAUUAAAAUGAAAAUACUGCCAUUAGACCACAAUCACGUGUUUCCAAGUUGGCUAGAUUUCUCAACAACAACAACAAAUCUAGAAAGAACAGGCUGCUUUUCCUCCCAUUCCCCGUGUACAAUUUGGUUUCUCUCCUAAGUAGCUGCACACAUUGCUUGCUAAGGUAGAUAUACAGGGACAGGAUUAACGCACUGCUGAGUUUCAUAAAAAGUAGAAAUUAAUAACAUUAAUACAUCGGGAUUUUGGUUUCAGACACGUGCCACGCUGCAUAUGGUUUCAGUGUUUCUAAUUGUCGGGUCACCACUUACUCUUUCCCUAUCUUGGCUUAUCAGACCUCAAAUGGGACGCUCAAAGGUAUCCUAAUACAGUGUCUUAAUGAUAAUACAGACCAAUCUGCUGAUUUCAGCAGCAGUAAAAUAAAUCUAGAUAAGUGCUAUUUGGAAUAAUUGUAAUUUCUUUAUUUUUUUAUAGCCAUAUUCUUUUACACAAGCGAAGAAAUGGAACCUGCAAAUUACACUAGGGUGACGGAAUUUGUUCUCACUGGCUUAUCCCAGACUCGAGAGGCUGGACCCUCACCUGACCUCACCCAUGUAUUUCCUGCUGGCUAACCUGGCCUUCCUUGACAUUUGGUACUCCUCCAUCACGGCCCCUAAAAUGCUCGUAGACUUCUUUGUGGAAAGAAAGAGGAUUUCUUUCGGUGGGUGCAUUGCACAGCUCUUCUUUUUGCACUUCGUUGGGGCCUCCGAGAUGUUCCUGCUCACAGUAAUGGCCUUUGACCGCUAUGCUGCUAUCUGCCGCCCUCUCCACUAUGCUACUAUCAUGAAUCGACGUCUCUGCUGUAUCCUGGUGGCUCUCUCCUGGUUGGGGGGCUUCAUUCAUUCUAUAAUACAAGUGGUCCUCAUCGUCCGACUUCCCUUCUGCGGGCCCAAUGAGUUAGACAGUUACUUCUGUGAUAUCACGCAGGUCGUCCGCAUUGCCUGUGCCAAUACCUUCCCCGAGGAGUUAGUGAUGAUUUUUAGCAGUGGUCUGAUCUCUGUAGUAUGCUUCAUUGCUCUCCUAAUGUCCUAUGCCUUCCUCCUGGCCAUGUUGAGGAAACACUCAGGCUCAGGUGAGAGUACCAGUCGGGCCAUGUCCACCUGCUAUUCCCACAUCACGAUUGUGGUGUUCAUGUUUGGACCAUCUAUCUACAUUUAUGCUCGACCAUUUGACUCGUUUUCCCUCGAUAAGGUUGUGUCUGUGUUCCAUACUGUGAUAUUCCCUUUACUUAAUCCCAUUAUCUACACCUUGAGAAAUAAAGAAGUAAAGACGGCCAUGAGGAAGUUGGUCAACAGAUAUAUUUUAUGUAGAGAAGUGAAAGAUAAGUGACAUACUCUACAACCUUUCUGAGGUCAUUGUCCUAAAGUAGGAAGCAUUUCCAGCAGUAAUAAUGCCUUCAUUACUUCUCUCAUUUGAGUUUUUAAAUUCUCACCACACUCUCCCCCUAUUUGGUGAAAACACAAAGAAAUUAAGAUGGAAAUAAAUAUUGGUGACAGAGCCCCAGGUUUUGUCACAUCUUAGGAGCAAUUUUUAUGAAUUCACAGCAGAGUUUGGUUACUAAAUGAGACCUCCUCUCAUUCCAGAGGAAGUUUCCAGCCGAAUAGCGGUUUUCAUAGCCCGUCUCUAACUUAUAUCCUCCAGUGUGAAAGCAGACUUGGAGGAAAGGGAUUCUAGGUUGAUGGAAUCAAUAGACAUCUAGUUGUGUGAUUUUAAAAAGAUUAUUAUCUUCUUUGCCAUUUUUGUGUGUUUUCUGUAUUUGCUAAUUCUGCUUAUGUUAAAAUUAUGUUAGUAGGAUGCUGCUUUUGUUAGUCGUAUAAUUCAGAGUUCUUUUCCAUUACACCAUUUUUUUUAGUACACAUAAAGAAGAGCUGGAUAUAUUGGCUGUCAUGAUCCUUUGGUGAAUUAUUUAUUAGAUAUCCACUGACUAUUCCCUGACAUUAAGAACUCUAUUACUGACUGUGAUUCAGAAUAUAAAAGUUAGAGUAGAAUAUUUGAGUUCAUAAAUUUAUUUACUUAAAUUAGCUUUUCAAUUUCAAAACUAGGAUUCUAUCCAUUAAAGAGCUAGAGCAUUUCGUAUGCUCAGAGCUUUAGUCUUAUGUUUUCUUUGAUAACAUAUUGUAAUUAGACUUUGAGGGGAAUAGAUUUCUAUCAGCAUCAGAAAUUAAUACGCAUAAAUGAAUUAGGAAAACAAUGAUGAAAACUUCAGGUAAACAGGAUGGCCUGAUGGUGAAAAAAUUUUAUUCUUUUCUUUGGUAAUUUUUCUCUCUGAUGACCCUCUUUCAUCUUCAAAGCUACAAUGACUUCUCUUCUAAGAACUCAAAUAUUCUGAUUGAAAUUAUGAUUCCUAAAUUUUGAGUUGACUUUUCAUUUUCAUUUGGAAAUGAACAAAAUGGUAGACUUCUCUAAUAUUUUAUAAGAGAGCAUGAAAAUAAUCAUCUAACAUACAAAAGGCUUAUAUAUACACAUAAUAAAAAUGAGUUAUGUUUCUAGAUUUUAAGUUUCCUUAUUGUUCUUUCUCUGCAUCUUAGCCAGGCAGACUUCUACUCGUUUUGUCACUUAUCCUUCAUUUAGCUAGGAUUAAUGUUUUUUUAGGGAAAAGACUACUGCCUCAGGAUGCUCUCCAAGGCAUUAUACUGUGACUAUAUAUUUGUUGAAAACAUUGAUGCUAGGAAUAAGAACAUGGCAGUGUAAUGAAGAUGUUAACAGUAUCUCAAUAUUAACAAGAUGGACUAUGCUGUUACAUUUGGUUAAAAAAAAUCUUCAUUAU